AUGUCUUCCGCACGUUCUGCCAGCACGAAGGUGAAGGUGUUCACGCGCCUGAGGCCUCUGUUCUAUUCAGAAACUGAUGGCGGAGACUGCGCGAGCAGAGUUCCGAUAGAAAGCUGCGCCAUUUUGUACUUUGGAUGUGGGUGUCACACACAGCAACAAGAGGGUCAUCAACGCGGGUGGACAGUUUCGCCGGAGUGCACCCAAAUUUACCGCGUGGCAACCCAAAGCCUGCGUGCUGAUCUAGACGAGCAGUGUCUGCCACAAACGGCUUACAAGAAAUGCAGCUCCGUUUAUCGGUUCGACAGGUGCUUCGACGAGGCAGUGUCCACCAGCGAGAUAUUUGAGUGGGUGGCCAAACCGCUAAUUGUGCCUCUCUUGAAAGGGGUUAAUGGCAGCAUCUUGACAUACGGGCAGACGGGAAGUGGCAAGACACACAGCAUUUUUGGCACCUUCAAAGAAGCGGGCUUGAUCGAAUUGGCCGCCAGCGGACAGCUGAGGGGUACCACCGGUGACACCCAUCCGAAGGAGAGCCUUUUAAACUCUGGCGGAGGAAGCAAUGACAGACCAACAACGGUGUUUACAGUGAAGGUCGCUUAUAUAGAGAUAUACAUGGAACGCGUGAACGACCUGUUGCAAGAUGGAGCAGGAGGAAACAACCACCCCGCUGAAAACCUCCCGGUGAAAGAAGAUCCCUUCCGGGGGUUCUACGUGCAGGGCAUGCACGAGCAAGAAGUCGAAACCGUCGCCGACGUAUUGCACACAUUGCAGCACGCAGACCGCAAGCGCAGAUUUGCGAGAACCGAUUUCAACGUCAUGUCGUCGAGAUCGCAUGUCGUCUUCUCUAUCAUUGUAGAGAGCUUUACGCCGACACGCACACCAGCGACGAAGGGGAGGGGAGCAGAGGCCUACGGCAUUCGGAAAACCGCCAGGCUAAGCCUCGUUGACCUCGCUGGUAGUGAAAGACUGGCGGUCCUGCGGCGCCCUUACGCAAGCGCGAGACCGAACCUCCUGCAUGAUCCGCAAGCAAAGUCAACUCUGGGCGGGAACGCGAACGUCGCUCUCCUCGUCACGUUAAAUCCAUCUCACAGAUACGCAGACGUCACUCACAACUCGCUUAAAUUUGCGCAGCGUGUGGGCUGCUUGCGGGUGCAUCCCCAGACGAACUACCAGACGACAAAGGCGCAAUCCGUCAUCACUCGCCAGAAUCAAAUCAUUCAACAACUGCGAGAAGAACUCCAGAUUGCGCAGAAACAGGUGAGGCCAAGCCACUCACCGGCUGCUGGCCCGCUUCACACGUCCCCAAGCAACCCCUCCGCAAAGCCGUCGGAAGAAGUGGAGAGGCUGAAAAUCGAGCUUCAGGACAAACUCGCGGUGCUCACACACCUCAUCUCGCGCGCGCGAGGCUCAGCGGAUCAGAGCCGCAGCCUCUACACCUUCGCGCUGGCGGCACCGACGUCUGAAGCGCAAUCUUACGAUGAAGCGACAGCCUGUCUCGGGGCGCAGCGACGCCUUGGUGCCUCCGAGGUGGCGCAGCGCAGCUGGCGCCUCCGACGAGCGCACGGCCGUCCCGUAGCGCCCACUGAGACCACCGCAGGAGCCCCAGAGCCUGCCCGAAAGGGACAGGGGCAGUUUCCGUGGCAAGGGAGAGACCUUGGGGCCGCCACUCUCCCGCCGCAACAAACGCUGGCGUCGGGCGCUGGGAGUCAAGGCGACAUUAAGGGUCUGGGGUCACCUCUACGCACACUUGAAAAGCUUGACGAGGCGUCGAGGUCAUCAGCCGGUUCGCAAGGAGCAACGCGAAACCGUCCAUCCGGCCUACGCGAGAACUCUCAGCUUGGUCCAAGCCAUGCACACGCCGAUGAAGAUUGGGGAGCGCUGCGUUGCAAGCCUCUCAAUCGAAAGCCACAGACUCUGUCUGACUCGCAAGAGAUCUCUCACGACUUUUUUGAGGUAGACCUCGGUGUGUACUUGGACGCAAAUCACGAAGAGAGUCCACGAGGCACUCCCGCUACGCCCCUCUCCUUCAGAGCCAUGCGCGAGGACCCUCGACCGCACCCGAAGGAGCUGCAGCAGCAGAGUGCAUCGAUCCUCUCUGCAGAGGACACGUUGCCCAGCGUCGCUGACGAGGACCUUCCUCAACAGCAGCCGACACUGAUGGCCGCAGGGCCUUUCUCUGGCGCACGCAGCGCGCCAAUCAACGAAAACAUGCCAGGGCCGCAGGCCCCCGCGGAGCAUGACUGGGCCAGCAGUCUUCCCCUUGAUCGGAGCUGUCGCACAUUCGAUCUGCCUUUCAAAAAGUAUUUUGACAUGGGCCAUGCUCUUGAGAGAUCUCGCUCGAAAUCACCCACUUCACACACGAGCAGGACUGCAUCCGCGCUUGCGGAGAACGGCCUGCAGGCUCUUCCCACCCCUUCGGCCUCCCAGGGUCGCCCUAGAUCCCUGCACAGCCGCUCGGAGAAGCCUCCCGCUGCAGACAUUCACGCCUUUUCUGGCGUCAGCGAGACCCGAGGGUGCGGAGCGGCCGAAAGCCAAGCGCCGGACUGGUCGUCCUCGCGAAUGAGGAAACGAGGAGUCAGCGACUGUGCCCGGCCCCCGUCGCCUCUGUCACCAUCCGCCAGCGAACAAAGAGCGGAAGAGCGCGCGAGAGAAGGUGAUCCACCUGCAGAGCCGUGCUCGUUGCCGCAUCGCUCUCAAGUUCUCCCUCUGUCCGUUCCUUCCUGCGAGGCCUCCGCCCCGCCCCUCACGAGGCCCCAUGCUCUCGGCUGGGCAGCUGGCGAGCUGCCCGGUUACGGAAACAAAGUCGUCUAUCUGCAGCAGCAAGGCCCGUUUCCCCGAAGCGCCUUCGUGCCUCCUGUUGCCGUCGACGAGGACCCCCCGCUAGCCCGGCUCGCAGGAGCCUCUGUCCCUGUCGCGGAGGUCUUCCCGGCACCAGCCGCCGUGGUCCUCGGCUCGCCUGUCGCAGUGGCUUUCCCCGCAACUCCUCCCCCCCACCCUGACAUGAGGGGUGAGAGCCGGCCUGCGAACGAAGGAGCUGCACGGCCUCCCUCUGAGACCUUCGGGCCCCCAGGGCCCUGCCCCGCUGCUCUGCUUCCUCCGCCCUUCCAGCCCGGCGCUGGUGAGGGGGCCUCGUACGUCGUGGUUACGGACUUGACCGGAUGUGCGAGGUGGCUGCCGGUGGCGGCAGGGCCUCCGGUGGCGGCAGGGCCUCUGCCGGCAGCCCCUGCUGCGGUUUCAUCCGCAGCUGCACCCUGGGGCCUCUUCCAGGCCGGUGCGCCGCAGGCGGUCGACCUGCUGCGGGGCCCCGCCCAGGGCUGCGCGCCCGUCGCCCUGGCGCUGCCCUCCGCGCCGACCCACUCGUCGCAGCCGGCGAAGGUGUUGCUUCAUCAGCACAUGCACGUCGCGCAGGCUUGUUCGCCGGGGCCUCCACGAGUCGCGCGGAGGCACAGCGCCUCCGCCGUGACUUCUGCCUCGCAUUAUCCCGGGCCUGUUAGUGUGGCAGAAAGCCGUCACGAUUUUCUCCUUCCCAGACGCCUCUGGAGCGCCGUGCCGCUGGCGAGACCUGACGCACCGUAG